AUGAAGUUUUUUCAUCAGGUAUGUGAUGGUACGGUGCAGUGCAGCGAUGGUUUGGAUGAAUCGCAGUGCAAGAUGCGCGAAUGCGCUCCACGACAUAAGCAAUGCGAUAAUGGUACUUGCAUUCCGGAACAUCGUUGGUGUGAUAGUCGGAGUGAUUACCCAAAUGCUUCCGAAGAACUGCAUUGCGAAUGUCACCCAAAUCGCAAAGGGUGCAGUCCGUUCGAAUUUGAAUGCGGCAAUUCAGUGAGUAUCCCGCGUAAGUUUGUUUGCUAUGGCGAUAAUGACUGCGGUGACAACUCGGAUGAAACCAAUGAACACUGCAAGAGUGCACUUUGCAACUCGCCGCUUCGCUUUCGAUGCUCGCACUCCAGACUUUGUCUCAAUAUUCUACAGAUCUGUCUUACAAACAAUGAAAAUGGUGGCUGCAAGCAUCUCUGUGCUGACGUUACCGACGGCUACUACUGCCAUUGUCGGAAUGGAUUCCAACCGAAUCCAGAAGACCCAUAUGACCGCAUCGAUAUCGACGAAUAUGCUGGUAACAAAACUUGCAUCCAGAACGACCAUAUUGCCGCAAACAGAGCUGAUGAAAGAAAUGUUGGAACGUUUUAA